AUGUGUAACCAAAGAACAGAGAAGUGGGUUUGCAAGCACUGCGAGAAGCCCGUCAAGAAAGUCACCUACUUGACCAGCAAAUGCAAAAGCCAGUCAGAGACCGGUGUCUGCAAAGAAGCGGGAAAGACAUGCUACGAGACCAUCGACAUUUACAUUCCAACUUGUACACCAAAGCAACUCUCAAAACUCCAGACACCUUCAACUGCUCAUUCCAACACAUUACCAAGAUCUUCCGACUCAAACCAUUCAGUAUGUGUCAAACAAUCGAAACUACAUGGGUAUGCGCCACAUGCUCCAAGACGAUUCUGGAAAAAAAAGUCCAAGAAGAAUGUUUGUGAGUCAGUCAAGAAGGGAGGUAUCUGCACCCAGGCGUCGCCAACUCUGUUGGACUACGUUUACGUGACUGAUGCAGAUUGUGAUAUUUGCAAGCAAAUGAACUAG